AGGGACAUAAGGAGCCAAGUCUUUAGAGCUUUUAAAAUAAAAGUUUAAUUAAUUGAAUAAUUAAUAUCUGAAACCAGCUGAAGAGCAGAAUGUUUUUAUCGCCGUGUCCCUGAAACCAAAUGAGACUGGAGUGAAUGAGCGUAAAUGUAACGUUCCUCCCGAGCUCACGAUUAGACUGAAAUACUGGAAAAGAACUUUUACUAAACACAGCUACCAUUCUCUGAGGGUUGCUGUUAUUCUAGAAUUCCUGUUAGAAAGAGUCUCUUUCGGAGCGUCUUUCUGAAAGUUCUCCCCGGGGUGGAAGGAGAAGGUGCAAAAAAGGGCAGCGCAGCGGCCUCUUAGCAGGGACACGGUGAGAGGGCACCGGUGGAUUGGAUUUCUCUCCCGGGACGGACCUUGUGGGACCAUGUUGACAAUCCUGGUUGCCGGAUCCUUCUUCUUCCCGGGCCUGUUUGUGCUGUCGAAGCGGUGCCUGAAACGCGUCCCGGGCCUGCGAUGGAGCGAGGGGGACGCUGUCAUCGUGUCUGCCAGGUUGGUCUCGUCCAUCCAGGCGAUUAUGGCAUCUUCAGCUGGUUACAUCAUUGCCUCUUCUUGUGAGGAUAUCAUCGAGGAUCAACACUGGCUGACCAGCUCCUACAUCCUUUUUGCCGUGCCGUACUUCGUCUACGACAUCUACGCCAUGUUCAUGUGCUACUGGCACAAGCUGCGGGUCAAAGGUCACGAAGACGGCUCGGCUCCCAGGGACCUCAGAGCCGCCUUCAGCAGCUACCUGCGGAGGGAGUUCCUCAUGGUGCUGCACCACGUUGUCAUGGUCACCGUCUGCUUCCCGGUCUCUGUGUUCUGGCGCCAGGGGAAAGGUGAUUACUUUCAAGGCGUCAUGUUUCUGGCUGAGCUCAGCACCCCGUCGGUCUGCCUGGGGAAGAUCCUCAUCCAGUACAAGCAACAACACACUCUCCUUCACAAAGUUAACGGAUGUCUAAUGCUGGUCACUUUCUUCAUCUGCCGAGUCCUCCUCUUCCCCUACCUCUACUACGCUUACAGCAGAUACGCCUCCAUUCCUUUCUACAUGGUCCCGCUGAUGGUGCCCUGGCAGUGUAACCUGGGUGCGGCUCUCCUGAUGGCCCCCCAGGUCUACUGGUUCUCCCUCAUCUGCCGGGGGGCCUUUCGCCUCUUCACCAGGGGCCCGCGGGCCCCUCCAUCAGCCCCUUCUGCCAUCGCAAAGGUUGACUUGGACGGCAGCACCACCCAGCUGGCACCUGCCAAUGGCUAUAGCCCCCAGGAAACAGAGAGAGAGACUGACACACACUGAGGGGAUUUGGGGUUGGGGGGGGAGAUUCAGAUUGGGGAGGGCGGUUGGUGACUUGAGAUCUUGGCAAGGGAAUGUAUUGUACUGCUUUGUUUGAAUAUUUAUUUAUUGUACCCUGUACCGAACUAUGAAGGGGGUUAGUCUUGCACUGAAUUAUGGGUUGACGGUUCUGGGGGGGGUGGCUGCUGUGUGUGAGACAGCAUGGACUUCUGCCUGGCUGGACAGCAACACGCCACGUACCCAGUGUAUGAUUUUAAAGCAUCAGGCAUAGCAAUGUAUCAUAUGUACAAGUUAGAGCGACUUGGAGCUACCAAAUGGACAGUCAGUGUUUGAGCGCGAUGCCGAUCAUCUCCUGUGACUCUGACAGGGCUGCGGCUAGAGCUCCAUAUUACCCCAAGACCCUCAGCCUGGCCGCAUGCCCUCUGCCUUUGGCCCGCCGGUCACUCCUUCAACUCCGUGGUUUCCGCACAACGAUUACGAAGACUGCAGAGUUCCCACGGACAUGAAAUGUAACGCGUUGUACAUAGUCAGUCACUUGUGUCUUUACGUGCAUCACCUGUUAGUUUUAUUUAUGAGAAAGAUCCGUCUAUUUUGUUUUAAUUUAUUCAUAUUUUAUUUAUUUGUAGUUUUAUUUAUUCAUGAAUUUCUUUAGUACGGGUAGUCAUAGUUAAUUUUAGGUGCCGGUUUUCCCAGCGUGUGUCUCGGUGUGAGGGCUGACCAGGCAGAGUCGUGUGGAUCCUCACACCCCUCUUCCCUUUAGCCCUCGAGUUCUCUGUCGCUCAUAAGCUAUAUCCUCAGCUGUUAUCUGCCGCUGGAAGACGACAGCUGGGCGUUGAAUUCUUUCGUUCCCUCCCGUCGAGUGAGUAUAGUCGGUACCAAUGAUCAUGGCCGCUGUUGUGCAAACAGGGCUUUCAGUAUAAUGCAGUAUUAUGUAGCUUAGAGGGCGUGUGUUGCUGCGGUCCAUACAGGCCGCAAUUACAGUACCAAGGCGUAGCGUCAGGAGCCUGCAGUGGGGACGCCGUUAGCUUAGCGCAGGGUCCCCUUACACGCUAUACCGAUUUCCUCUUUCUUUCAUAUUGAAAUGUCUUCAUUUUGCUGUUCAUGCGGUACAAUGUUCCCAGACCCCAGUGUGACCUUUCAAAGCUUAAAAAAAAAAAAAAAAAAAAAAGGAAAAAAAAAGUUGUUAAUCACAGCUGCUGUACUAUAUGUUACAAUAUAUCAAAUGCCAAGAUGGGCAAAAGCGACACCCUGGGAGCAAGGUGAGGUGUGUCAUGUGCGUAGUGUGCUGUCCUUCAUUACGCAGCACUGUGUCGUACUGCACAUCCUACAAUACUGCACGAUAACGUAAGGAUGAUACUGUACCUUUGAUUCAGGGAACACAACACUUCCCGAUUUUACCAGUUGCUAUGGUACUGGAAAAUGUUAUUAAAACUAUUUAAACAAGCAUAUUGUAACUUCUAUAACUUGUUUAUUUAAGUAUUUAUUUACUUUGGAGCAUUAGAAUGUACAUAUUUAUACAUAUAUAAAUGAUAUAUAUUGUAUCUGGUUUUGUUGCUGUUGAUUGCUACCUACAGGCUGUUCUGUAUCUCAUAUAAUCUUGGCUAAAAUAUACUCCUGUCCUCUC